AUGUCGGGCAUCCCUGAACUGGAAGACGCUCUGCGCAGGCUCGACGAAGAGCUCGAGGAAGGAGACAUCACCCGGAAAGGCUAUGAAAAGAGACGCACCCUCAUUCUUUCGCAGUACAUCAAUGCACCUCCGCCGGGACUGCAAUCGCAAUUGCAAUCGCAACCCCAACCCCAGUCACGAGGACUCCGCAUACAUUCUCCUGACGACAGCGAUCAUCCCGCCCCCAAUGAGGCUUCUAGAGCUGCCUCGCUUGCUGCCCUCACCGGCCGACCAGUGGGCAGCCCCUCGAGAAAUGGGACAAUGACUGAGGACCACCCCAGCAUGAGCCGACGGGCCUCUGUGCUCAGGGAUGAAUACAACGAUCCUAGGAGGAGCAUCACUCCCCAAGGCCACCUCCAAAGGUUCCAAGAGAGGGAAACAGGAAGUCUACCACAUGGAUCAAUGUCGGGUUCCUCCUUUGACGGCCGGCGUGAGACCUUCAUGACGGCGAACGAUCAAUCCCGCGCCGAGACGCUGCUGAGCCAGAACUACGCCUUUAAUCCUGAAACCCAACAAAAUUAUGGCGGCAUAGACACUCGUAACUCUACCAUGCUGGAUUCACAGCAAGGCUACUUCUCCGAUUUUGCAGGUCAACAACGAGAAGAACAUCAAGAGAACUACGGAGGCAACGUACACAGGUAUUCACAAAGUGAGGUGACCUCGCCCACAGCCCAGAUGGUCCCGCCGUUUCUUGGUGCUGGAGAGCUUGCCGGAGGUGCCGCCAUACAUCAGAUGCCCUUGGAGCCGCGCGAAGUACCGUUCGCCAUUUGUGACCCACAUGACUCGCAUAUCGAGAUGUCGAGGUUUGAGAACAUCGCCGCGGUCCUCCGACAUCGAGCAAAGACAAACCCCAAGCAGGCGGCCUACUGGGUGUUGGACCAAAAAGGUAAAGAGCUCGUCUCCAUCACCUGGGAGAAGUUAUGCAGUCGGGCGGAAAAAGUUGCUCAGGUCAUUCGCGACAAAAGCAGUCUGUACAAGGGAGACCGAGUUGCGCUGAUCUACACAGAGAACGAAAUAAUUGAAUAUGCGGUAGCACUGCUCGGCUGCUUCAUCGCUGGGGUGGUCGCUGUACCGAUCAACGACCUCAAGAAUUACGCCAGAUUGAACGUCGUAUUGACUUCUACACAAGCACAUCUGGCCUUGACCACGGAGGCCAAUCUAAAGAAUUUCCAGCGAGAUAUCACUGCCGCCAAGCUGAAUUGGCCCCGUGGCGUGGAAUGGUGGAAGACCAACGAAUUUGGUAGCUAUCAUCCGAAGAAAAAGGGCGAGGAAGCGCCCCUUGUGGUGCCGGAUCUUGCCUAUAUCGAGUUUUCGAUGGCUCCUACUGGUGAUCUUCGAGGCGUCGUCAUGAGCCAUAAGACUAUCAUGCAUCAAAUGGCCACACUCAGCGCAAUGAUUACAUCGGCGACAAGCAAUACCAAAGCUGAUACGUUCAAUCCUUCUCUGCGCGACAAGCAAGGUCACUUGAUUACUGGUUCGAGACAUGGCGAGAUAAUACUCAGCUAUUUGGAUCCGAGACAGAGCAUCGGGAUGAUCCUGGGGGUCUUAUUAAAUAUCUAUGGAGGACACACGGUGAUAUACAUUGACCAGCGGACUAUCGAGACACCGGGUCUCUACGCGAAUCUCAUCACGAAGUACAAGACAACGCUGCUCGUAGCAGAUUACCCCGGGUUAAAACGUGCCGUGUACAACUACCAAGCGGAUCCGAUGACGACGAGGAACUUCAAACGGAACUUUGAGCCUAACUUCGCCAGCGUCAAGUUGUGUAUGAUUGACACCUUGACCGUUGACGUCGAAUUUCACGAACUACUUGCAGAUCGCUGGCUCAAGCCACUUCGCAAUCCCAGGGCGAGGGAAAUCGUGGCCCCUAUGCUCUGCUUGCCCGAACACGGCGGAAUGGUGAUUAGCAUGAGAGACUGGCUGGGGGGAGAGGAACGCAUGGGCUGCUCGCUGUCCCAUGAGAUGGACCGUGAUCACGAAGCAGAGGAGAAAAAAGAAGAACAAAGCGCGACCACAAAAUCCAGCUUCGGCAGUAGCCUCAUCGGAGGAGGGACCAAGCCUUCCAAAGAACGUUCGACGGAGGACUUGGGUGAAGUGCUGCUGGAAAAGGAGGCUCUCAAGACGAACGAUAUUGUGGUCCUGGCCAUGGGCUCCGAAGCAAGAACGAAAGCUAGCUCCUUUCCUAAUGCUGUUCGAUGCGGAGCAUUCGGAUAUCCAAUUCCCGAUGCCACCCUUGCCGUGGUUGAUCCCGAGUCGGGUUUGUUGUGCACACCAAAUUCCAUAGGUGAGAUUUGGGUCGACUCUCCCUCACUGUCUGGAGGCUUCUGGGCUCUCCCAAAGCAUACCGAAACAAUCUUCCAUGCCCGGCCAUUUUGUUUCAAGGAAGGUAAUCCCACGCCAACCGCCAUCGACCCCGAAUUUCUCCGCACAGGUUUACUCGGAUGUGUCAUCGAGGGCAAAAUCUAUGUUUUGGGCUUGUACGAAGAUCGACUCAGACAACGGGUUGAGUGGGUUGAACACGGUCUAGCGGUGCAGGAACAUCGUUAUUUCUUCGUCCAGCAUUUGAUCCUCAGCAUCAUGCGAAAUGUGCCCAAAAUUCACGACUGCUCCGCUUUUGAUUGUUUUGUCAACGACGAACAUCUCCCUAUAGUCCUUCUUGAAUCUCCCUCGGCGUCGACAGCUCCAUUAUCCUCAGGUGGUCCGCCACAACAGCUUGAUAUCGCGCUGCUUGACUCGUUGGCGGAGAAAACGAUGGAGGUUCUAUACCAAGAGCAUCACCUCAGAGUAUAUUGCGUCUUGAUCACAGCGCCAGGGAUUCUACCGCGGGUAACAAAGAACGGCCGGCGAGAAAUUGGCAAUAUGCUCUGUCGCAAAGAGUUUGACAACGGAGCACUUCCUUGCGUCCACGUCAAAUUCGGCGUUGAGCGCGCCGUGAAAAACCUUCCUGUUGGAGAAGAUAUCAAUGGCGGCAUCUGGUCCCCCAACUCAAGUGCUGCGAGAAGCGACCUUCUCUACGGCCAGGAGACGCAGUGGUCGGGUGUUGAUCCUCGCGAGGUUGUCAUCGAUGAUCGAACAUCAACAGCUCUGAGUAAUUUUACAAAUAUUUUUGACCUGAUGCAGUGGCGAGUGGCGCGACAAGCGGACGAGCUCGCAUACUGCACGAUCGAUGGGCGAGGGAAAGAAGGGAAAGGGCUGACAUGGAAGAAAUUUGACCAUAGGGUGGCAGCCGUGGCCUUGUACCUGCGGAACAAGGUCAAAGUGAAGCCCAGCGAUCACCUUAUUCUGAUGUACACUCACUCAGAAGACUAUGUGUUUGCCAUAUAUGCGUGUAUGGUUCUGGGAGCCAUCGCCAUUCCGGUCGCCCCGCUUGACGCAAACAGAUUAUCGGAAGAUGCACCGGCAUUCCUGCAUAUUGUCGCCGAUAUGGGUGUAAAGGCUGUUCUAUGCAACACCGACGUCGACCACCUAUUCAAACAAAAGAUUGUUUCGCAGCACCUCAAGCAGUCUGCUCAGUACCUGAAAACGCAUAUUCCAAGUGUCUAUAACACAGCAAAACCGGCGAAGCAGUCUCAUGGCUGCAGAGAGCUCGGGUUGACGAUUAAUCGUUCUUGGAUAUCUCCAACAAACCCGGUGAUCAUCUGGACAUAUUGGACGCCGGAUCAGCGUCGAGUCUCUGUUCAGCUGGGCCAUGACACCGUUUUGGGCAUGUGUAAGGUCCAGAAGGAAACUUGCCAAAUGACAAGCUCCAAACCGGUGCUCGCCUGCGUGAGAAGUACGAUCGGAAUGGGAUUCCUUCAUACCGUCGUGAUGGGCGUGUACAACGGCAGCACCACCUAUCUGAUCUCGCCGCUUGACUUUGCGCAGAAUCCUGUCUCCCUCUUCCAGGCAUUGUCCAGAUACAAAGUCAAGGAUACAUAUGCGACCAGCCAAAUGCUGGAUUUUGCAAUGGGUCACGUUGUUGGCAAAGGUUUCUCUUUGCACGAGUUGAAGAACCUCAUGGUGACUACGGAGUCGAGGCCUCGUCUCGACUUAUUCUCGAAAGCGAGGUUGCAUUUUGCCCAGACAGGACUCGAAAGGACCGCUGUCAACACGAUAUAUGCACAUGUUCUCAACCCCAUGAUCGCAUCUCGCAGCUAUAUGUCGAUCGAGCCAAUAGAACUCUGGCUUGAUGUCCGCGCUUUGAGAAGGGGUCUCAUCUACCCGGUCGACCCAGACACAGAUCCGACUGCUCUGUGUGUUCAAGAUUCUGGCAUGGUACCAGUGUCUACCCGCAUCGCUGUUGUAAAUCCCGAAACCUGUCAACUAUGUCAUGUGGGGGAAUUUGGUGAAAUCUGGGUUCAAUCAGAAGCAUGCGCCAAAUCGUUUUACAUGUCGAAACAGGUGUUUGAUGAAGAACGAUUCAACGGGCGGAUCAUGGGCGGUGACCCGAAUGCAACCUACGUCCGAACAGGGGAUCUCGGAUUUCUGCACAAUGUCACCAGACCCAUCGGGCCCGGCGGGCAGCCCGUGGAGAUGCAGAUAUUGUUCGUAUUGGGCAGUAUUGGCGAGACAUUUGAAGUCAACGGCCUCAACCACUUCCCGAUCGAUAUCGAGAGUACAAUCGAGAAGUGCCAUCGGAACAUUACUCCUGGCGGGUGUGCUGUCUUCCAAGCUGGUGGCAUGGUUGUUGUCCUGGUCGAAGUCUUCCGAAAAUCCUACCUGGCGUCCAUUGUGCCGGUCAUUGUCAAUGCCGUCCUUCACGAACAUCAAAUCGUUGUCGACAUUGUGGCCUUUGUCGGCGACGGCGACUUUCCUAGGAGCAGGUUAUCAGAGAAGCAGAGGGGCAAGAUCUUGGCCUCGUGGGUCACGAGAAAAUUACGAACCAUUGCCCAGUUCGGGAUUCGAGACGCGGAUGGACCCGACGGACAAGUCUCUGCAGCACCCGGUGAACGCAAAGCCACCAGUCUGGUGAGCAAAACUCUGUCAGUGAAUCACCCAGAUCAGCGGCGAGCGUCGAUCGCCUCAGAGCCCAGGGGGAAUGCUCAAGGAGACAGAAUGUCUGGUCGGUCAAGCCUUGUCCCAGAACUGCCCUUCUCAUUACCACCAAAUCAUUAUCAGAUUGAUCCGACCGGUCUAUAUGAUCCUGCGGCGUCUGAUGGAAACCGGGCAGGGGUAUCUCUUAGUGACAGGCCCUAUACCCUUCCUGAAGGGGUAGUUGAAAUGCCAACUACUAAUUUCGACGACACGGACGACCAAACUAAUCCCUAUCUUACUGACGAGAAAUUCUUCGACCCAAAUGCUGACCCAGAUCAGCAAUUUGACGAUUACACUCCUCAAGGCUCGCAACUUGACCUUACUAGGACAGGACCGCCCAGGCUCUCACUGGUCAACCCCAACGAUCACUCCACGGGCAGCAAUGACAAUACGCCGACUUCUUACGCCGCCAGUGCCACGCCGACAUCAGCCAUCCCGAACGCAUUAAAAACACCCAUCGAGCGAGGUGAAGACAGUCCCUACGAAGACCAAGGCAAUCCUUUCCGGAACUCCAUCCCGGCGUCGGUGCCUAGCUUUGACUUCAUCACGCAUGCCUUUUCCCCCUCGUCGUCGCAGCCGACGAGAAAUCCCGUUUCCGCUCGGGAUCGAAUGGCCAGCGCCAGUGCGGCAUUCAGCAAAGUGACUUCGCCAACCGUAACCACUCCAACUGCGAAAGGAGGCCGUGCGCUGCUUCCUAGCCAACAAGCCCGAUACCCCAACUACGGGGCGAAUCCAGAGCCACUGCCUGUACGACGAGCAAGCGACAAGUCGUACGAGAUCAAAGAUUUGCCGCAGGAGGCGUUGACAUACGCUGCUUCGACACAGAGCAGGAGAUCUGGGUCCUCGACGUACCAGGAGAAUCAGAACCAGGAUUCCAACCUCCUGCAUCCGAAUGACGGAAGACAGAGCGUGGACUUGAGCAGCGUUUCAGGAAGCAUCCGGAGGAGGUAUGACGGGAGUGGGUAUGAUGACUAUGAGUACUAA